AAAAUUCCCCACCAGGGCAAUCGCCCGCAGCCGUUCCCUUCCUCGAACCCUAGCGGCCCCGGGGCCCCGAAUCGCCCGUCGCCAUGGCGCCGUUCCGGCGCUGGGCGGACCUGCCCCCCGACCUCCUCUGCCGCAUCGGCGACCGCCUCGACCUCAAGUGGUACGCCAGCGCGCGGGGCGCCUGCACGGCGUGGCGCUGCGCGCUCGCGCCGCCCUCGCCCGCGCUCCUCGUCGUCGCCGACGACGCCAGGUGGUGCCCCUACGCCGCGUCCCUUCCCACGCGGAGAUCCUUCGAGCUCACCGCCAUCGUCUCCGGUAGCCGAUGCGUCGGCUCCAGCAACGGCUGGCUCGCGCUCUCUGUCGCGCUCUUCGGGGGGCAUACCAUGUUCGUGCUCCUCAACCCCAUCACAGCCGUGGAGAUCAUCCUCCCGCCGCUGAUCUACGAGAGCAGGUGGGUCUCCAAGGUCGUCUUCACCCCCAGCCCCGCCAAGGACGACUUCGCCGCUGCCGCCAUCUGCGACAUCGAUAGGAUCGCGUACGUCACCGCCGGGGCCAGGAGGUGGGCCGUCAUGGACCCCGUCCACCUCGCCUGCGGGGACCAGCUCACCGACGUCGUUUACACCGACAAAGGUAAGGUCUACUGCCUCACGAGGUGGGGAGACGUGCAUGUGCUCCGCCUCCCCGAGCGCCGCCGCCGGAAGCCCGCCAACGCUGAUGAAGCAGGCCCCUCCGUGCCAGAGUUUUCUGUACUCCAACCGCCUGCUGAACGCACGGUUAAUUUUCGGGCGCUGCGAUGGCAGCAACAGCGCAAUUUUCGCAUGAUGCGCUAUGAACAGGCCCGGCCAAGAGAUCAGGAUCCAACCGUGCCAUUGAGUAUUACAUACUGUGCAGAGACGUUUAUCCCAUAUAGGAGGGUUCCACCUGAAUCUCAAGGACCACAUCUAAAUGCGCCGGCCACGGUUGAAUCCUUGUUGUCUGAGGCCAACCUCCCGUUUAACCCUGCCACUGUCUUUGCUCCUCCAUAUGACACCGUAUCGGCGUUCACUAGUGCCAAGAACUUGGUGUUCUGCGAGGGUAAUUUGUACCAAGUCUGGAGGAAUGCAAGCUGCACUGUUACUCUGCAGCUGCCAGGAGGGGGUCAGCGCCGUGUCUCGGAGAAUGAGAUCUUGGUUCUGAGGUACUAUCCCCGGCGUCAGCCUUGCUGGGAUUUGGUGAAGGACUUAGGGGGUUACUCACUUUUUAUUGGAAGGAACAAUGCAGUGUCGAUGUAUUCAGAGGGUGUGCCAGGACUGAGGGGCAACUGCGUGUACUGGAUCGGUGGGCGUGGCAGGGAUCAGGGCAUGGUUUUUGACAUGGAAACUGAGAGGUCUACACCGUGCCGGUCUCCUCCGGUUAGCUUUGUACCUGGGCAUCCGCAUAGCACAAUCUGCUGGUACUUCUUGAGCGAUAUAGUGAGCAACAGCAGCAGCAGCAGCAGCAACAAUAAUGGAGGAAGAAGAGUUUAUCAGACCCGAGCAAGGGCUCGGGCAGAUCUCACGCAAGAUCUCGAGGAAUGAUGCGUCACCAAACUUCUUGGCGACAUAGUGAGCACCACCGACCACGGUGGAAGUCGAGUUUACCAUGAGCCUUUGCUAAACCGCUUGCAGUACUUGAGAGGGAGAGCCCAAUCUGAACGGGGAGCAAAAUCUUGCAGAGUGAAGUGCCGAGGGAGAAACUGCUUGAUGUAGCCGAUAGUCCCAACUUAAUUCCUGUUUCCUAAAAUAAUGUUGUUCUGUCUGUUUGCUCGUCUGUAGCCUUCAUAGUAUAUGUAUGUUUAUGUUAUGUAUCCGAAUGACUAUUGCCGUCUUUGUAUGUUAAAUUUUCAUGAUGUUGUGUUGAAAUAAGAAAAAGGAUAUUGAAUCA